CGCAGUUGUAUAAAAUGUAUUCAGUUUACCUGACAAAAUGGCGGAGAGAGCAGGUUAUGACCAACUAGAGAAUAAAUACAUAAGCAGCUACACCGCGUCCAGAGAAGGUAUUUUGCCCUCAUACCAGGCUGUAACACAAUAUCAACAGACAGGUUUUGACCAGUCUUCAGUACUGUAUCAGUCGACUACACAUAUGACACAACCAGUUGGGACUGUGAUCAUACAGACUCGGCCUCCAGACUUACUCCUACCUUCAAUAUUUGCAUGUUUUUGUUGCUUUUGGCCUUCUGGUCUGUUUGCAGUCUUCUACGCUAUAAAGGCCAACACUCUGGCAGGUGAAGGAAAAUACGAAGAAGCUAGAAGGAUGUCAGACAUCGCUGGGAUCCUUGUGAUUAUCAGUGUUGUCCUUGGAAUCUCUUGCAUCACUGUUGCGGCAGUUAUUACAACUUAACGACAGCAAUAUCAGAAGUGGCCUUAUUGUAACGGACACACUUCUGUUAAGACUUUUAUGAACAAGCUCAAUCAAACCGAGCCUGCAUUAUUUUAGUUUUUGUUGUGUUGAGCGGCCUGUGGAUUUUUUUUCUAUUUUAUUUAAUGAUGUUAAACUGUGUUGAUUUUUUUUGUUCAAUACUCAUGUAUUAUUAAUACAAAAAAAAUAACCCGGGUUGCUCACAUUAGCGUUUCCAGAAAGAAAAAUCAACAAGAGGAGAUUGAUAAAAGUGAUACAUGGUGAUUUCGAACGCAUGGUAACGUGCAUGGAAGUCAAACACCUUACCACAUCACCACCGUGUCAUUGGUUAACUGUAUAUGUUAUUUUAGUAAUAAAGAUAUUUACAGAAUACAAAUAUUGCGUAAAUAAACGAAAACGUCCGAAAAUAUUGGCAAAAAUAAAUAAAAACAAAAAACACACGUAAUAGACUUUGGGUGAGAUUAAACCUUAUGGGGCAACCUCAAAACGAGCAAGGGGCUCUCAUAAGGUAUUUUGAACCACCAGCUCUUGUCAGACAUCCACAACCCCUUCCCCUUACUUUGUUUUGUCUGUGUAUACACGUGUUCAUAUCCAGUUCUUAUUAAAAAUUUGGUUGUAAAUUUUGACAGAUGUUUUGUUGACAUUGUAUUUAUAUUUUGUGAAGGACGCCAGUGUGCGCUUGCUAUCACAGAGACAAGAUUAUUUGUUUUUGUUUUCCAUGCAAUUUCAGAGAAAAGAUUAUUUUAUUUUUUCAUUUUUUGGUGAAAACACCAGAGUACGUAUGCAAUCCAAGUGAAAUGAUGUUUUUUGAUAUCAUUGCAACAAUAUUGUAGAUAAUAAUUAUGAAAGCAAUAUUUCUAAUAGUAUGCAAAAUACACAUUUGUAGUGUAUGUAAACAUUUCUCAUUGAAAGAGGCAGUUGAUUAGAUUAUAAUGUCACAUUAUCAAAUUUAAACUCAUUAAUUUCCCAUCAACAUAACAUGUUAAAUCUGAACAGAAAAUUAAGAAAAGGUUAACACCUGUAACAAAAAUUGUAGGAUGUCUUAUGUCUUAUACCAAUUUUCUUGGGUUUACACAUAACGUUACAUUCAUUUUAUAUUUUAAACAAUAUUGUUAUUAAGAAAUAUACAUGUAUUACACAUUUUAUUUUUCAGUUAAUUUGUUAGUCCAAUGUGUUUGAUGUAUUGAAAUAAGAUCUGAAAUCAGACGUAGAAAAGGAAUUACAUCUGCAUUGCCAAGGCACGACAGUUGCGUAACAGUUCUUAAUAGAAAAUAGUCCAUUAUGUAAAUAUUGUAAUGUGUUUGAAGACUUUGAUCACUUUUUCCUUGGUUGUAAAUAUUUAGAUACCUUCUGGUCAAAAACUGAAGUUACAUUUAAUAGAUGUGGUUUUAAUAAAUCAUUUAGGAAUCUGAAAUGUUUGAUUAUUGGAUACAAGAUAGAACUCCGUGAAUAUGACAAUAUAAAUUUAUUGCUAAAUUGUAUUUCAUAUUGCUUAUACAAAACUUAUUUUAUGAGCGGAAGACGAACAAAAGCUUUAAACAUUUGGAACAUUCUAUAUUAUGAUAUUCUAGUUUUCAUCAACUAUUAUGAAAAUAGGAAUAUUAAUCCGUAUACUUUGAAAGCUUUUUUAAAGAAUAUGUGAUUGUGUAUUCAAGUUACUAUGUAUCAAGAAAGUAUUGCUCAGAUGUAUAUCUCAUAUAUUGUCUCAUACUCAAAUAUCAAUGUAUGUUAUUACUAAUGUAUAUGUUGAAAUGAAAGAAUAAACGGGUUGUUCCACGUUUGUG